ACCUUUGUUGGCCUAUUGUUCAUACCACUCCAUAUCAUGAACGUCGAAAUAUUUUGGGGCCGUACCGUUUCUCAGGAUCAACCCCUGACAUUCAAAACAGAUACCGGAACCUUGAUCAUCAACCAAGCGGCUCUUGACGGUCCAUCCGAAGGGAUAACUACCUUGAGUGUGGAGUCAAACUACUUUCACUACGAUGGAGAAGAUGAAAACGAGGACCAAGACUCGUCGGUACACUGCAAGACCGAAACUCUUGCAGUAUGCCAUCUAGCAUGGGGACGAAGGGAAUGCACUCCGUUGAAACUGUUCUUUGGCCCGUUGGAGACAGUCGUGUUCAGCGUUAAGGGAAAGGGCGUUAUUCACAUCACCGGAAGAUACAGAAAUGAAGAUGAAGACGAGGAAGAUCUGUCUUUUGACGAAGAUGAAGAUGAAUACUUGAAUAUGUCAGAUGAAAGCGAUCUUGAAAAUUCAACCAACGAUCGAGAAGUCGAAAUGGAGGACAUGAGCAGCGAUGAUGAGGAGGAGGAACCGAAGAAACCAGCUGCCCUUCCUCCACCAAAGAAAGGUGGAAAUGCGAAUGGCCACAAGAAGAAUGACAAGAUGCGCACUUCCAAUGACAAUAACCAAUAUCAAAACACAAAAAAGCCCAAGAAGUUCGAGCAAAACAAGAACCAAUCAGAUGACCAACGCCGCAACGACAACAAGAACAAGAAAUUCCAUGGCGGCAAGCCCAACAAAUUCAAUAAGCAUUGAUCUAUUUUUGUAGAGAAUGGUAUAUAAUCCCAUGUAACGUUCGUCUACUAAGGCGCUUUAUUCGA